UUUUCCUCACUUCUCACACUCUCUCCAGUGAAAGAGCAGAACAGCAAGCCUCCUCUGAUAUCAUGUCUGCCUCAUACGCACGUAGUUCCAUGGGAGGAGGAUCUCAGUUCUCCAUGUCCGGUGGUGGUCGUGCUGGCAGCAUGCGUGCUGGCAGCGUGUACGGUGGAGCUGGAGGAUCUGGUGUCCGUAUCUCCAGUGCCUCUGCUUCUCGUUCCUACUCUGCUGGAGGUGGUGGCGGCUUCGGAGGUGGUUCUGGAUUUGGAGGUGGUUCUGGAUUUGGAGGUGGUGCUGGAUUCGGUGGUGGUGCUGGUUUCGGAGGUGGUGCUGGUGAUGGCUUUGAUGCGUCUGCAAAUGAGAAAGCCACCAUGCAAAACCUCAAUGACCGUCUGGCCACCUACCUGGAGAAGGUGCGCACCCUUGAGAAGGCCAAUGCUGAUCUUGAGCUGAAGAUCCGCCAGUUCCUGGAGAGCAAGACGUCCCCCUCUGCACGGGACUACAGUGCCUAUUACGCUACCAUCAACGAUCUCCAAAACAAAAUCCAGGAUGCGACUCGUAUUAAUGGAGGCAUCUACCUCAGCAUUGACAAUGCCAAGCUGGCUGCAGAUGACUUCAGAGUCAAAUAUGAGAAUGAGCUGAGCAUGAGGCAGUCAGUAGAGGCAGAUAUUGCUGGGCUGAGAAGGGUGCUGGAUGAGCUGACAAUGGCCAGAUCUGAUCUGGAGAUGCAGAUUGAGGGCCUGAGAGAAGAGCUGAUCUUCCUCAAGAAGAACCACGAGGAGGAACUCUUGGCCGCACGUGCCCAGAUGACUGGACAGGUCAAUGUAGAGGUUGACGCAGCACCACAGGAAGAUCUGUCAAAGGUCAUGGCUGAAAUCCGUGAGCACUACGAGGGCGUUGCUGCUAAAAACCGAAGAGAACUCGACGCCUGGUUCCAGGCCCAGAGCGAAUCCAUCAACAAAGUCGUCGUGGAAAGCACAGAAAACCUUAAUUCCUCCAAAACAGAAAUCAAUGAGCUUAAACGCACACUCCAGAGUCUUCAAAUCGAGUUACAAUCACAACUCAGCAUGAAAUCGUCAUUGGAAGGCACUUUGCAAGAGACACAGGCCCGCUAUUCCGCCAUGUUGUCCGGCUACCAAUCGCAAGUGACCAGCAUGGAACAGCAGCUGAUGUCACUUCGUGCCGACCUGGAGCGCCAAGGUCAAGAGUAUAGGACGCUUCUGGACAUCAAGGCCAGACUGGAGAUGGAGAUUGCAGAGUACAGGAGACUCCUGGAUGGAGAGGCUACUGGAAGCACUCAAACUGCACAGUCCUCAACCAAAACCUCAACUUCAACUACACGCAAAGUGGUAACCAUUGUAGAGGAGGUUAAGGACGGAAAAGUGAUCUCCUCCACCCAGGCAGUUACCGAGACCAAGUGAGAUCUCAAACAAGAACAACCAGCACAGGAACUCUUGAGAUUAAACAACCUAACUCGGAGUGAUGAAAAACAAUAAAGUGCUCUAAAUGUGA